GCAAUGGAGUGGACGAAGUGUCCUAGUCUGAGAAACUUGGCUCUGAUGGCACUUGUCGUGGCGUUAGUUAUUGGAGAUGCUAGCAGCGAGAUUGGCCAAUCAACCAGCAAACCAAGUGGUGACAGUGGUUUCGUUAAGCGAAACGGAACUCAUUUUGUGCUGAACGGGAAACCACUCUACUUGAACGGAUUCAACUCCUACUGGCUAAUGUACAUGGCAUCCGACCCAUCCACGAGCUCCAAGGUCACUACCACUCUCCAACAAGCUUCUCAACACGGUUUAAAUGUCGCAAGAACCUGGGCUUUCAGCGAUGGAGGUUACAGGUCGCUCCAGGUUUCUCCAGGUUGCUAUGACGAGAACGUCUUCAAGGGACUGGAUUUCGUGGUGUCAGAAGCUGGAAAAUAUGGGGUCCGACUGAUACUGACCUUAGUGAACAAUUGGAGCGAUUUUGGAGGCAAAAAUCAGUAUAUCCAAUGGGCGAGGGAACGAGGCCAGAAUAUCAACAACGAUGACGACUUCUUUACACACCCUGUUAUCAAGCAGUACUACAAGAACCAUAUUCAGGCCGUGCUGACGAGAAACAGCACGAUAACCGGAGUGGCAUACAAGGAUGAUCCCGCUAUAUUCGCAUGGGAACUUAUGAAUGAACCUCGUUCUCUGUACGAUAACUCGGGGGGGAAAAUUCAGGCCUGGGUGAGUGAGAUGGCCGCCUACGUCAAAUCCAUCGACGGGAAUCAUUUACUGGACGUGGGGCUUGAAGGGUUUUACGGCGAAACAAUGCCAGCAAGGAAGCAGAUUAAUCCGGGAUACGAAGUUGGAACUGAUUUCAUUUCCAACAAUCAAGUUCCUGAAAUCGAUUUUGCCACCAUUCAUCUCUAUCCCGAUCAAUGGGUUCCUGGUGGAGACGAUACGGCCCAAUCUGCAUUUGUUGACAAAUGGGUUGAGGCCCACAUAGAAGACGCUGAGAAAGUAAUAGGAAAGCCCAUUCUUCUGAGCGAGUUUGGCAAAUCUUCCAGGUCAUCGGGUUAUAGCGUGGAUAAGAGGGACAAUUACUUUGACAAGUUAUAUGGUUUGAUAUAUAAGAGCGCCAGCAGUGGGGGCCCAUGCGUAGGUGGGCUUUUCUGGCAGGUGAUGGCCCAAGGUAUGGAUGGCUUCAGAGAUGGAUACGAAGUCAUAUUUGAGGAGAGCCCUUCAACAAUCGUUGUCAUCGAUCAGCAAUCUCACAAGAUGUCCGCUCUUGCCCAACACAAACACCUUUCUACUUUAAAUAAAGUCUUGUAAGACUAUCAUCACAGGAAGCACAAGUUCAUGUCCAAGUAACAAGGGGCAUGGGAUAGCACAAAACUAAUAUUGUUACCAAAGAAUAAAUUCCUAUAAAAUGGUUUAAUCAUUGCUCA